AUGGCCAAGGGCUCGAAGAAGAGUAAUCAGGUUGACGCCUUGUCAACCAAUAUCAGCAUCCCACAACAACAAGAUCGUCGUAGACAUUCGAUCUUGCUUCUUUCAGAGUCGGUAGCCAGCAGAAGAUCUUCCAAGACUGGCAGAGACUCUUGCAGGCCUCUUAAACCAGGAAACAUUGGUUACAGUCCAAAACAGCCCAGUAGUGUCGACUCGAGAGUUUUCAUCAAUGCAGGGUCUCCCAACUUCAAAACGCUCAAGCAGGACCAGCACGAUGAAAUUCUCAACAGUUUGCGUACCAAUUACUUGAACGACUAUAUGGCUCCAAAAAAGAGCACGACCAGCUCAUUUCCGUCAGACCAGCACCCGAUCCUCGCCGAUCAAGAUUUUUUGGGUCCAGAGCAGGUUUCUGAAAUCCCUGAACGCGAUCUUAAUCUCGAGAGUCAGGGUGGACACAUUACCAGAGAGCUAUAUCGAAUGACGUCGGCAAACAGUAACUUGAAAAGAAUACACUCCACGGGAGAGUUGGACAUACCGCACGAAGCGCCGCGACCCGAGUCCACAGCAAGCGCUUUGAAUGUUCCAGGUGGUUUUAGAAGGGAAUUUAUUUUACAGAAGCAUAAGAAUGGGAAGGACACGGUAGGUUCCUCCGUCAGUGAGUCUGGAACUUACUGUUCGGACUAUGAAUCGCAGCAAUCAGAUCAAAACAACUUGGAUAAAGUUCCCUUUCUCACCAGAAAUUUCCUGGAGUUCCUAUAUGUGUAUGGGCAUUUUGCCGGUGAAUCAUUCGAAGACGAUUUUUACGGAGAACAGGAAGUCGGCCCACAUGGUGUUGACGAGAGGAGCCCCUUGCUGGCUAGAACUGAGGAGGAAACAGGCAAGAAGAUCCUUAUACCAAAAUCGGCCAAGGGUACAACCUCGACUGCCAAAGCGUUUCUCUUGAUGCUCAAAUCUUUCAUUGGUACUGGCGUCUUGUUCCUGCCUGCAGCUUUCGCAAACGGGGGACUUUUGUUCUCGAUUGUGAUGUUGACGUUCUUCGGAAUGUAUUCAUAUUGGUGCUAUUACAUUUUGACGCAAUCGAAAGUGGCAACUAAAGUCUCGUCGUUUGGGGAUAUUGGACUUACUUUGUAUGGCCCCUGGAUGAAAUUCACAAUAUUGUUGUCAUUGGUUUUAACCCAACUUGGGUUCUCCGGCGCAUAUGUGAUUUUUACGGCCAAAAACCUUAUGGCGUUCAUUGAAAACGUAUUUCAUUGGCCAGGGGUGACAAUAAUGCACUUGCUGCUCCUGCAACUGGUAAUAUUUGUGCCAUUAUCUUUCAUAAGAAAUAUUGCGAAGCUGUCCCUUCCCUCUUUAGCGGCGAACUUCUUUGUUAUGGGAGGAAUUGUCAUUGUCAUCGCCCUGACCGGUAAGCAUUUAUUUAUGGACCUCGGCGGUGUACCUGCUGACGGAGUCACUUAUGGCUUUGAUGCUAAGCACUGGACUCUAUUUGUAGGGACGGCAAUUUUUGCUUUUGAAGGAAUUGGGCUUAUUAUUCCCGUCCAGAGCUCCAUGAAACAUCCAGAGAAAUUCCCUGUGGUUUUGGGGAUGGUGAUUAUAACUGCGACAGUGCUUUUCAUCUCAGUUGCCACUUUAGGUUAUUUGACUUAUGGAGAACAUACCAAAACAGUCAUCUUGCUCAACUUGCCACAAGAGAGUAUUUUGGUGAACCUAAUUCAAUUUUUCUACAGUUUGGCAAUUUUGCUUUCUACUCCACUGCAACUGUUCCCAGCCAUUGCUAUCGUGGAGAAUAAAGUCUUCCCCAAGUUCACUAAAAUCUACGUCAAGCGUAACAACCAAACUAACGUUCAGUAUAAGCCUAACUCCGGUAAGCUUGAUUGGCGUGUUAAAUGGCUCAAGAAUUUUGUGCGCUCUCUAAUCGUUUCCUCCACAGUAAUGGCGGCCUAUUUUGGGGCCGAUAAUCUAGACACUUUUGUUUCCAUUGUGGGGUCCUUUGCAUGUAUCCCUUUGGUCUACAUUUAUCCUCCGAUGCUGCACCUGAGAAGCUGUAGCAAACCCAAUUGUCUGGAAGCCGUUAGUGUUUGGCAAAAGUGGCCUGUGCUCUUAGAUUAUGUGCUAAUUUUAUUCGGUUGUAUUGGUAUGAUCUACACGUCCUACCAAUGUAUCAUGGGCUAA